AUGCCCCUCACAAAAUUUGAGAUACUGGAGAGAUAUGCGUACCAGACAGGUUUUCUUGCCAAUCUAGAAACCGAGGCCAUUCCAGGAGCCUUACCUAUCGGACAGAACUCGCCUCAAAAAUGUCCGUACGGACUCUAUGCUGAGAAGAUCUCAGGUACUGCGUUUACAGCACCACGAUGGGAGAAUCAACAGACAUGGGUGUAUCGAAUUAUCCCAUCGGCAUCUCACGCGGCAUUCAAGGCGGUGCCUAGUGACAAUAACCUGGAAGCAAAGUUUAAUUAUAUUCCCGAUCAGCUCAGAUGGGAUCCCUUUAACGUCAACGAGGGUGUUGACUGGAUCCGCGGCCUAAAUAUGGUUGCCGGCACAGGUGAUCCUGCUCUUAAGAACGGCGUUGCUUAUUACAUCUACGGCGCUACCCUCUCCAUGGAAGAGAAGACUGCAUUUUAUAAUGCUGAUGGUGACAUGCUCAUUGUACCUCAGGUAGGCGCGAUUGAUGUCUGGACGGAGAUGGGCCGACUUCUCAUUCGACCGAACGAAAUCUGUGUCUUGCCUCGCGGUAUCAGAUACCGUGUCGAUCUGGUGGACAACCAGCCGAUCAGAGGAUUCGUACUAGAGAUCUACAACGGGCACUUUCAGCUACCUGAACUCGGACCCAUAGGAUCAAACUGCUUAGCAAAUGCUCGAGAUUUCCAGAUACCUGUUGCAGCAUACACCCAUGAUACCAAGUCGAUUUGGAUGGUUUACAACAAGUUUCGCGGCAGACUGUUCUCCGCCAGUCAAACACACACUCCGUUUGACGUUGUAGCUUGGGAAGGUAGAUAUUAUCCUUAUAAGUACGAUCUGGGGCGCUUCAACACCAUCGGGACCAUCUCAUAUGACCACCCUGACCCAUCAUUAAAUACUGUCCUCACUGCAACAUCCAACGCACACCCGGGGACAGCCAUUGCCGACUUCGUCAUUUUCCCGCCACGUUGGCUUGUCGCUGAAGAUACGUUUCGUCCUCCAUCUUACCACCGCAAUUGCAUGAGCGAGUUUAUGGGCCUGAUUCAAGGCUCAUAUAUCGCUAAGGAAGGUGGUAAAACGGGGUUUCAGGCAGCCGGGGCCAGCCUGCAUAAUUGCAUGAGCAGUCACGGCCCUGAUUCUGCGGCGUUUGACAAAGCCUCCAGCGAAAAGCUCGUACCUGUCAAGGCAGGUGUGGGCAGCAUGGCGUUUAUGUUUGAGAGUUGUUAUAUGGUUGGGGUUACGGACUGGGGAUUGACCACGUGUUCCAAAUUGCAACCGAAGUAUUGCGAGGAAAGCUGGGGGGGGCUACAAGACCAUUUUCAGCCGCCUAUUGGAGCGGGGAAUGAUGAUACUGUGGUAAAAUAG